AUGUCCCGAGCUCUUGCUGUCCUGCAGAUGAAGGAGGGGGAUGUCCUCAAAUUCCUUGCAGCAGGAACGCAUUUGGGCGGCACCAACUUUGGCUUCCAAAUGGAACAGUACAUCUACAAAAGGAAAAGUGAUGGCAUCUACAUCAUAAACCUGAAGAGGACAUGGGAGAAGCUUCUUUUGGCUGCUUGCACCAUUGUUGCCAUUGAAAAUCCAGCUGAUGUCAGUGUCAUAUCCUCCAGAAAUACUGGCCAGAGAGCCAUGCUGAAGUUUGCUGCUGCUACGGGGGCCACUCCUAUUGCUAGUCCCUUCACUCCUGAAACCUUCACUAACCAGAUCCAGGCAGCCUCCCAGGAGCCUCAUCUCCCAGUAGUUACUGAUCCCAGGACUGACCACCAGCCUUUGACAGGAACAUCUUACCUUAAUUUGCUCACCAUUGCCCUGUGUAACAAAGAUUCUCCCCUGUGCUACGUAGACAUUGCUAUCCCAUGCAACAACAAGGGAGCUCACUCCGUGGGUCUGAUGUGGUGGAUGCUGGCCCAGGAAGUCCUGCGUAUGCGUGGCACAGUCUCAUGGAAGCACCCAUGGGAGGUCAUACCUGAUCUGUACUUCUACAGAGAUCCAGAAGAGAUUGAAAAGGAAGAGCAGGCUGCUGCUGAAAAGACUGUGACCAAUGAGGAGUUUCAGGGAGAAUGGACCGCCCCUGCUCCUGAAUUCACUGCUACUCAGCCUGAAGUUACAGACUGGUCCGAAGGCAUCCAGGUGUCCUCUGUGCCGAUUCAGCAGUUCCCUACUGAAGACUGGAGCGCUCAGCCUGCAACUGAAGACUGGUCUGCAGCCCCCACCGCUCAGGCCACUGAGUGGGUGGGCACCACCAUGGAAUGGUCUCAAACUGUCCUUUAA